AAAACAAAUUGGGCUUAGAAAAAGAAAUUCAUACAAAAUUCUCAAGCUAUUCUGACGAACCCUAGGCCCUAACCAGCCUAAAAUCAAAAUUCGAUUCCCUUCCCUGUGACGCGUCCCUCAAUUGGUGGGACGGGACCUUUUACGGCUAAAACACUUCACUUUGCUCAAAUAAUUUAGGGUUUCUAAGCAAGGAGAUCGGAGGAGAGAAAAAUGUCGGAUCAGAGGUUGACGCGUAUUGCAAUCGUCAGCUCCGACAAGUGCAAGCCCAAGAAGUGCCGUCAGGAAUGCAAGAAGAGCUGCCCCGUUGUAAAAACCGGCAAACUUUGUAUUGAGGUUGCUCCUGCAUCCAAGAUUGCUUUCAUCUCAGAGGAGUUGUGCAUUGGAUGCGGUAUUUGUGUUAAGAAAUGCCCAUUUGAAGCAAUUCAGAUUAUAAAUCUGCCAAAGGACUUGAACAAGGAUACUACCCAUCGUUAUGGUCCUAAUACGUUCAAAUUGCACAGAUUGCCAGUUCCAAGACCCGGACAAGUUCUUGGCUUGGUUGGAACAAAUGGUAUUGGCAAAUCAACUGCGCUUAAAGUUUUGGCUGGGAAACUAAAACCGAAUUUAGGGCGCUUCAAUAACCCUCCAGAUUGGCAGGAGAUAUUGACUUACUUCCGAGGUUCUGAAUUACAGAAUUACUUCACUCGUAUUUUGGAAGACAAUCUAAAGGCUAUUAUCAAACCUCAAUAUGUUGACCAUAUUCCAAAAGCUGUCCAAGGAAAUGUGGGUCAAGUCCUUGAUCAAAAGGAUGAGAGAGAUGUCAAAGCAGAACUUUGUCUCGAUCUUGAAUUGAAUAAGGUUUUGGACCGUAAUGUAGGAGAUUUGUCUGGUGGAGAGCUUCAACGAUUCGCUAUUGCUGUUGUUGCUAUACAAAAUGCAGAAAUUUACAUGUUUGAUGAACCAUCAAGCUACCUUGAUGUGAAGCAGAGACUCAAAGCUGCUCAAGUUGUCAGAUCUUUGCUCCGACCCAACAGCUAUGUAAUUGUCGUGGAGCAUGAUUUGAGUGUUCUUGAUUAUCUGUCGGAUUUCAUCUGCUGCCUAUAUGGGAAGCCUGGGGCAUAUGGUGUUGUAACCCUUCCAUUCUCUGUUAGAGAAGGAAUUAACAUAUUCUUGGCAGGGUUUGUGCCAACAGAAAAUCUUCGAUUCCGUGACGAAUCUCUUACUUUUAAGGUCGCUGAGACCCCACAGGAGAGUGCAGAGGAAAUUGAAACAUAUGCACGGUAUAAAUACCCUACCAUGACAAAGACACAGGGUAAUUUCAAACUGAAGGUUGUUGAAGGUGAAUUUACCGACUCUCAGAUCAUUGUAAUGCUUGGUGAGAAUGGAACUGGGAAGACAACAUUUAUCCGCAUGCUGGCUGGGUUGCUGAAGCCUGACAGUGUUGAAAGCUCUGAUGCGGAGAUUCCUGAGUUUAAUGUCUCCUACAAGCCACAAAAAAUUAGCCCCAAAUCUCAAUCUACUGUGAGACAUUUGCUACAUCAGAAAAUACGUGAUUCUUAUACCCAUCCUCAGUUUAACUCAGAUGUUAUGAAGCCUCUGCAAAUCGAGCAAUUGAUGGAUCAAGAAGUCGUGAACUUAUCUGGUGGAGAGUUGCAAAGAGUUGCCUUGGUUUUGUGUCUUGGGAAGCCUGCCGAUAUCUAUUUAAUUGAUGAACCGAGCGCAUAUCUAGAUUCUGAGCAGCGUAUCGUCGCUUCGAAAGUUAUAAAGAGGUUUAUUCUUCAUGCAAAGAAGACCGCGUUUGUGGUGGAACAUGACUUCAUAAUGGCAACCUACUUGGCCGAUAGAGUCAUCGUGUAUGAAGGGAUGCCAUCGGUGGAUUGUAUAGCAAAUUCACCACAGUCAUUGUUGACCGGAAUGAACCUAUUCUUAUCUCACCUGGAUAUUACGUUUAGACGGGAUCCAACUAAUUAUCGCCCAAGAAUCAACAAACUGGAGUCAACCAAGGACAGGGAGCAAAAGGCAGCAGGAUCAUACUAUUACCUGGAUGAUUAAAUGUAACUUUUAACACAUGCCUCUUUUUACUGGCACCUUUGUUGAAGAUGAAAUGGUCUUUUGUGUCCUCUGAUUGUUAUAGGUUUAAAGUUUUAUUUAGUUUAGUACAAUCACCGGGGGCCCUUAUGCGAAGAGAAGAGUAACGAUUCAAAAUCGCCUUUUCUGGGCCAUUUUGUGCAAGUAAUUUUGGGUAAGUUCUGCUUGUAUUAUUUUUACCUGACACAAAGAAUGCCUUACACAUACACAGUGUUGGUUAGCAAAUUUUUGUUUGUUUUUAUUUUUUAUUUUUAGAAUAUAUUGGAUGGAUGGUUUUCUUUA